ACAGCUGCAGCGUCCUCACAGGGAAGAGAGACCGAGACAUCCCUCUCUCCAGCUCCAUGGACCGACCGCUGUGCCACUGGUGCCACUGGGUGACUGCUGUGGCCCUGCUGCUGUGUGCCGAGACCCAGGUGUUGUCCCAGCUGUGUGACCGGCCCUGCCUCUGCCCCAGUCCGGCCCCCCCGUGCCCGGCAGGAGGGUCUCUGGUGCUGGACGGCUGCCGCUGCUGCCAGGUGUGUGCCAGGCAGCGAGGCCAGUCCUGCACCGAGAUGAUUCCCUGCGACGUCCAGAGAGGCCUGAGGUGCGACUUCAGCCUCAGCUUCCCAGGAGACCCCGGGGAGUGUGUGGGUCUGGAGGAUCUGAGCUGUGAGGUGGACGGCGUCACGUACCAGGACGGCCAGUCGUUCAAGCCGUCCUGCGACUCGUACUGCCACUGCAGAGGAGGAGGUGUGACCUGUGUGCCGGCCUGUCCCUUGACCGGACGCCUGCCCACGCCGGACUGUCCCGAGCCACAACACGUCCACCUGCCGGGGAAAUGCUGCAAAGAGUGGGUGUGUGAGAACCUGGAGAACACGGUCAUCCAGGACGCCAUCACAGCCAUGAGACCCGCCCGGCUGUGGCCCUCUCUGCCCUGGAAUCACCCUCUGAACCAGCUGGUGCCGUCGGCCCCCAGCUGCGUGGAGCAGAGCACCGGGUGGAGCGCCUGCUCCCGCAGCUGUGGAGCCGGAGUCUCCACCCGGGUCUCCAACCAGAACCCGGCCUGCAAGCUGCAGAUGGAGACUCGGCUCUGCAAAGUGAGGCCCUGCAGCCGGGUAGCCCAGCAGGGGGCAGGCAAGCGUGUGUGGGGGGGACAGGGCCGGUGCGAGGCCAGCUACACGUCACCGGGCCCCAUCCGGCUCCUCCACCAGGGCUGUUACAGCACCCGCGCCCACCCCCUCCGCUACUGCGGACAGUGCACGGACUCCCGCUGCUGCACGCCGUACCACACCACCACCGCCGAGGUGACCUUCAGCUGCCCCACCGGCCGACUGCUGCAGCGAGCCGUGAUGAUGAUCCACUCGUGUGUCUGUCACAGCAGCUGCCCCUACGGCCCCUUCAGGAACCCUGCGCUGUGGGGGUCCCGGCCCUGAUCGGCCCCCCCCGGCACAGAGACACUCCACCGGCUGAUGGGAGGAGGAACUGUGUUCAUCAUCCCCAGGAUCCACAGGAGGCGUCAGCAGAGGACAGUGAAAGACAAUGACAAAAACCUUGUAGAGAAUCAAACGUCUAUAACCCACAAAGUAGAAGUUAAAGGUUAAAGUGGGUUUUUGAGAUAGUUUUGAAAGACGUGCACUGAUACAAAGCUCCUCAGAGGGAACUGCAACCUUUUAAUUAAAGAGGCCUGAUCAUGAACUCAAAGUUUAAAGUAAAAUGAGAUAAAAGUACAUUAGACUUUUUCUUAAAGUAGAAAAUUGACUCUGAUUCUCCUGAUGUUUCGCAACUGGAAACAUCAGGACUGAAGCAGUAAGUUUCAUAUAUUUGGGCCGAUUGAGUCUCAAAAAUUGUAUCGUGUUUUUUUCAACCCAGAAAAACCUAAACUAUGAAUCGUGGACAUUGAUCUCGAUGCUACUUUGGUCAUGAAGAUGUUUUUAAAGCUGUAUUUACUUUGCUAUAAGGCAACGUUGUCUCAAGUUACAAAUUAAAAUGAAUUAAAAAUUAGUAUUUGUUUGAUAGAAAUCCUGCAGAAUGACUCCAGCCUCUGUGUUGACAGAUCUUGUUUUCUGACUCGACCAAUGUAACUGUGUGUGUGUGUGUGUUUGUGUGUGUGUGUGUGUGUGUGUGCGCUGUCAGAUGAUAUUGCACUUUCUUUAUUUUACUGUUUUGCUGUAAAUAUUUCUGCACUUUUUAUGUAUAGUUAAUAAUGUCAAUAUUUUACAAAGUUCCUACAUUUGUCUU